AUGAAAGCCACUAUUGAUUUGUAUACUACCACUCUAGCGUAUGCGUUCAGUCACUCAUUUGGAAUUAUGCGCGAUACAACACAAGGAAAUGGCCUUGUUUGUGGAACUCUGCCAAGUGUCAGCUUUCGUCUUGCCGCUAUUAAUGAUACGAAUAUCGUUGAACCUGUUGGAACAAUUAGGCCUCGCUAUAAAACCUAUGAUAAUGAUGUAUGCUCGUGUCACGAUUCAGCCACUUGCAAAGAAGAAGCAUAUGUUUAUACUCCCGAUAACACAAAAGUCAGAGUACAUAGAGUAUCAGGCUUAGUUAUUGGGUGUUACGGAUUCGAGGCAAUGAUGCAAUCAAGUUUAUUGUGUUAUUUUUAUCAAACAUGUAUUGAUGACCUUCGUGCAGCUAUCCAUUUCUCAGAUAACUUCACUACUUCGGCACUUGAUCCUUCAAAGCUACUUUAUUUCGACGGGAAUAGCACAGUUGAAAUGAUGGUGGAGAAACUUAUGAUUGAACAAUCGACAAAUAAUAUUUCUUACACCAACUAUUAUCAUCAAUGUUAUCCAGUUUAUUGCUAA